ACAAAUAUCAUGUCCGCCAUCGCACCCGUCAACCCAAAGCCCUUCCUCCAAGAUCUCACAGGCAAGGUCGUCUAUGUCCGAUUAAAGUGGGGUCUCGAGUACAGGGGCUAUCUCGUAUCUACAGAUGGCUACAUGAACUUGCAACUUGCUAACACUGAAGAAAUUGAGAAUGGCAAGUCAAAUGGUGCUUUGGGAGAAGUCCUCAUUCGCUGCAACAAUGUUCUGUACAUAAGAGAGUUCAAAGACAGGGCAGGCGGAAUGGACCAAGAUUAGAUGAUGUAUGGCGGAGGUUGGAGGCCAUAUGCACAAAUAAUCGACUGUAAAACUUAGAAAGGGCACGCAGCCUGGGACAAGUGAUUGCGGCCAACUCGCAAUUCGCGAUGAGGUAAUAUGAGAAUUGUUA